CCGAAAUUAAUCUUUUAUAAUACCGUAACAAUGUAUUACCAAUAUUUUCAAUUUCGCAUAUACAACGUGAAAAGACACGACGGUUUAAAUGAAAUUUAACAAAGAUGAAAGAUCUUAUAAAAGAUUGAGCAUAUCUUUUGUCAGUUUGUAACAUGUGUAGGCAAUAUAUUUGAUGGCUGUGUUAUUUUGAUUCAUUGUGAUACAUGUAUUUUAUUCUGAUAAAAGGAAGGAUUUAGAAAUCGAAUACUGCAAAACCGUGGUGAGUGAAAUGACGCUAUUGAUGGAGAAUAAACGGAGGAUAUGUUUCAUUUUCCUCGGGGUUGCAUCUGUUCUAAUAACAGUUUCUUCGUACAUGGCAUACAUGGAACUUAAACCAGUUUUGUUUAUUCCACCAAGACAACGAGCAAGCAAAUUACCCGAUCAUAUAAACAUGAAGGACAUUGCUAGACAAAGCACAGGUGUAAAAGUUGCUACGCUAGCUAAGAUUAUAAACAAUGCAAACAAACAUGUUCGAGGAUCCAAAACAUCUGGUUAUCUUAAAGACGCUUUAUCUGUGAUGAAGCAUGUACUUAAAGAUUUAAAUAUUGAUGAGAAAGGUUUGUUUGAAAGACCAAGCGUAAAAUCUGAAAAUGUUUGCCCAGAGUCUUACAUGGGUGGGGCAUUUGGUUUUCCGUUGUAUUACAAAGGGUUUGAGGUUGAUCAGUGUAAUUACGGUUCUCCAAUAGCUAGUCUUGUUACAGUGAUAAAGUAUUUUGACUUGAAGCAGGAUAAUUUGGAAUCAAAAAAUGAUCCUGUAGAAAGAUUUGUAGCAUCAGCGUCUAAAGCUAUAAACGGUGUAAAGGUUUUGAUUGCACUAAAUAACGGACCAGUUAAUAAUGGUUUAAAAAAGAAAUACACACACGUGAAUAUUAUGCAGUCAAGUUAUACAAACGAAGGAUUUGCUCUCAAUAGUUUAGUUCAUCAAGUGAAAACACCAUACGUUCUUAUAGCUAAAGGUGUGGAAUUUUUUACCAAUGAUUCUAGAUUAGAAAGAAUGGUCCGAGAACUAGAAAGUUUAUACGUUGUCGCAGUAGGAGGGGCGUUCCGUUAUCCAAAUGGACAUUGGCAUAAAGGUUGUUUUCAGUCUGUUUAUAGAAACUACACUUUAAAGUAUAUUUCUGGAUACGACGAAUCGUUCCACGAGUGCCUGUUCUGUGAUUAUAUACAAGGGCCGUUUGUCACUUCUACUUCUUAUUUGAAAACUAAUGUAUUCGGUGAUUUUAACGAGAAUGAUGGACUGUACGAAGACUGGUAUCUAGGGAUGUAUCAAAGGGGAGAUGAAGCGGUGUUGUGUCCUGAUUCUAUGUUCCAUUUAAAAGACAAAGUCGACGAUUCGCUGUUUUUAUACAAAGAAUUUAUGCAAAGAUGGGAUUUAUUAAAAAUGAUAACUCCAAGUGGACGGACGGUAACUCGAGGAUGUGAACACCAGGACACUCAAAGUAGGAAAUCUUUUGCAUUAUCACCAUGCGGUUUAAAGUUAAACACUGGUGCUGUAAAGUUCAUUAUGAAAGCUUGUGAGGAAGUUGAUUUGAUUUGUGAACUUCAGGAAGGUACUGCGAUGGGUGCAUUGAAAUUCGGUAGUUCUCUACCUUGGGAAUUGGAUUAUGAUAUAAGAUUUUCACUUACAAACUGUUCCAAAUGUCACCAAAUGGAAAAGUUAUAUGAAAGAUCAGGAGUAAAGUUUGAACCUUUUGCAUAUGAAUGUUGUAUGGAGGAACCACCGAAACUAGGGUAUAGAAAUAAUUUUAAAGUAACAGUUAACGGCUACAAAGGUGACUUUACUGCUCAUCCAGUUCUGGACAGUGAAGAAUUAGUUAAAGCCGGCAUUCAACCAACAAAGGUGCUUUUUGACGGACAAUGGGUUAAUUUUGGACGUAAUCCGGGACAUUAUAUGAGAAACCGAUAUGGUAAAGAAAUUUUCCGCCAUGCUGAACACUGGAUUUAUUCUGCCGGGAAAAAUGCGCAUGGCAAAAGUAACUAUACAACAAACAUUUUUCAGCCUUGUAAAACUCCGGGUGUACACAAUUGUCUAGAUAGAUACAAUGCUGAUGGUAAUUUACCAUUUUUUAUAUUACUUCCUUAGUGCAAUAACUCCUAAUUGUUAAAAAAGAAUUUCUAUGUUAUAAUUUCGUAUACCAACAAACUCAAAAACGACAUUUACACAAGCGAUUACAAAUCACAUUUGAUUCAUGGGUUAUUGUUUUUGAAAAUACCGACUGACUAAGACGGUUUGUUACAACUAUAUAUGAGACA